AAGGGUUAAAAUCCUGAAAAUAAUUGAAUAUUUGGUAGUUAUGAUCAAACUAACUCAUUGAAAGUGGAAAAUAAUAUUAAUAUAUAAUAUUAUUAUGGCAGUUUUUUGACGCAGACAUUUUUGUCCUCUGAGGACCUCGGAGUAACUUUUUUAAAUUGAUGCACAAGGGUUAAACUACAAUACCCAUAAUUCAGCGCCUCCAGCUGAGCCAAUGGGAGGAGACGUCCUGCUGUUAUCCAAUGGGAGGGGCUGCACGGCAGCCAAUGAGAUGAGGGCGGGAUAUUCAAACCUCAGGGAGAGUAAACAACUGACAGACGGACACAUUCGCGAUUCCAAACGAAGUAGUUUGAGUUAUCAAUCAGCGUCUAAUUAAGAGUUCUACAGCGAUCGGUAAACAUAUUUAACACUUUUGAGUGAUCUGAGCGUCUCUAAUCUGCGGUUUUAUACAGAAACGGGUCUGAUCAGGAGAAAAUCGCGUGGUUUGUAUUGAUCUGUACUGAUUUAGUCGUCAGAUUUGAACAGGUAGUGAUGGGGGAAAGUGUUCAGGUCCGGUCCGGCUAUGAACGUCUGACUGCAGAAGAAAUGGAUGAACAGAGAAUUCAGAAUGUGGCUUAUCAAUACUUGUGUCGCCUAGAAGAGGCCAAGAGGUGGAUGGAGGCAUGUCUGGAUGAGGAAUUACCUGCUCCCACAGAGCUGGAGGAGGCACUGAGGAAUGGAGUUUAUCUAGCCAAACUGGGCCAUCGUUUCACGCCUGAUGUGGUUCCACUGAAGAAGAUCUAUGACUUCGAUCAGGAGAGAUACAAGGUCACUGGACUUCAGUUCCGUCACACUGACAACAUCAACCACUGGAGAAAUGCCAUGCUGGAAGUCGGACUGCCAACGAUGUUUCAUCCAGAGACGACAGAUGUUUAUGAUAAGAAGAACAUGCCGAGAGCCGUUUACUGUAUACAUGCUCUCAGUUUGUACUUGUUUCGUUUGGGUCUUGCCCCUCAAAUCCACGACCUGUGUGGGAAGGUAAAAUUUACAGAGGAGGAGAUUAAUAACAUGAAACUGGAGCUGGAUAAAUACGGGAUUCAGAUGCCGGCGUUCAGCAAGAUUGGAGGAAUUCUGGCCAAUGAGCUGUCAGUGGACGAGGCGGCAGUGCACGCAGCCGUGAUCGCCAUCAAUGAAGCCGUGGAUCGUGGUUGUGUUGAGGUGACUGCUCAGGCCCUGCGGAACCCCAACGCCAUGCUGAACGCGCUGCAGGACGCGCUCAUGCCCGUUUACCAGGAGAUGCUGCGGCAGGCACGGGCACAGAAAGCAGGGCGGGCGUGGACGAAUGGAAACGGAUCAGUAGAGAAAGACAUUUAUGAAGAAUAUCUGACGCAGCGAGAAAUACAAGACUCCAUUUACAGAGUGAACGUGCGAGCUGCAGUUGAGCGUGUCGAUGAGGCGUUAGACUGUGCUGAUGCGCUGGUGCUGCUGCAUGCUCUGCAGGACACGAGUCUUGGGCUCAAAGGGCUGGUGAGAGAUCAUGCAGGCUGGUACCUUGAGCAACUGACUGCUGACAGAGAACAAAAAGCUCUGGAUCUGGGAUGUGUGGACGCUCUGGAGAAAGAUGAGCUACAGGAGGGCAUCAAUGUGGCAAAUGAGGAUGCACAGCGAGAUCGAACCAUCCAGCAAGCAGUGUUUAAAAUAAACGAAGCGGUGCGGCGUGGAGAAGCUCGUCAGACGGUUCGGGCACUAAUGAAUCCAGAUGCUCAUCUGCCAGACGUGUUUCCGUUUGCAGCAGAACUUUACCAGAGAGAGCUGGCACCACUGCAGCGCCAGUGCCCACAGGGCGAGCUGCAGCAGGAGGAGUUGUUUGUUGCUGUGGAGAUGCUGUCGGCUGUAGCUCUAGUUAAUCAGGCUCUGGAGGUCCGAGACUUUGGAGCGUUCAACGUUACGCUAAUCAGUCCUGCAGCCGGACUCACUGACAUCGAUGACAGUUUCAUUCAGAGGUAUUUUGAGGAGUUGUGUGAUCUGAAGAAGAGUGCUGGUAAAUCUCUUCUCACCUGGAAUGACCUGCAGACGGGAAUCAACAGUGUCAAUGCAACAGCACAACAGGAACAUGAACAAAUCCUCACUAUCGGACUGAUCAAUCAGGCUUUGAGUCGCAGUGACCCUCAGAAAACUCUCGCGGCACUGAUGCUGCCCUCUAGUGGCCUGCAAGAGGUCCUGCCACUCAACGGCAGACGAUACCACGACAUACUGACCAGAGUGAAGUCGCGCAAGGCCGAGCUGAGUCGUGACCCUGGAGCUGAGCUCUGGUUGGCUGACAUUCAGGAAGGUGUGAGACUGGCCAAUCAGGACACUCAGAAAGCACUGAAGAUGUGUCUGGGUCUAGCCGCAGUGAAUCAGGCUGUUAAAGAGGGUAAAGCGUCUCAGACUCUGCGUGUGCUGCGUCUGCCAGAGGUGGCGCUGCGGAGCGUGGUGUCAGAAUGUGCUGCGGGAUACCAAACGGAGCUGAACGCCCUGCUCAGAGCCAAAACACUGGAGGGUGAUAACAGGAGUACAUGGAUGAGGACGAAACUGCCGGAUGGAAGCUCUUAUUUCUUUCACCUGCAGAAACUGGAGGGCAGCUGGGAGAGGCCUCACGGGUUCGUCCAGAACAGCACCUGUCUGACGCAUGACGAGAUACAGGCCGUCUGCAGUAGUGUAACUGCGGCUCACAGCAGAGAGGUGCAGUGGAAGGCCAGUGAGACGCUGGUGCUGCAGCUGCAGGCACGCAUGCGAGGAUUCCUGCUGCGACAGAAGUUAGCUGAGCGGCUGCACUUUUUCAACACACAGCUGCCCGCAGUAAUCACUAUCCAGUCUCACUGGAGGCGUUACCUGCAGCAGAGAGAAUACAGAAGCAGACUGCAGUAUAUGUACCAAAAUUGGAGAGCUGUCGUGAAGAUCCAAGCGACGGUGAAGAUGUGGCUCGCCCGCAGGAGAUAUCUCGCCCGACUCAAUUGCUUCCGGAGAAACGUUGGAGCUAUAAUCCGGAUCCAGGCGUUCUUCAGAGCCAACAGGGCCCGUGAGGAGUACCGGCUACUGGUUCACUCCAGCACGCCGCCGCUGUCUGUGGUGCGUAAGUUCGCUCACCUGCUGGAGUUGGGUGACAGUGACAUCCGUCAAGAGGGGGAGCUGCUACGUCUCCGAGAAGAAGUCGUGAGGUCAAUCCGAGCCAACAGACAGCUGGAGGCCGACCUGGACCUGAUGGACCUGAAGAUCGGACUGCUGGUCCGGAACAGAGUCACUCUGCAGGAGGUGGUGUCUCACUGUAAGAAGCUCACUAAGAAGAAUAAGGAGCAGUUGUGUGAUAUGAUGGCUCUGGACAGACACAAGGGCCUGAAAUCAAUGAGUAAAGAGAAGAGAGACAAACUAGAGGCUUAUCAGCACCUGUUCUACCUGCUGCAGACUCAACCGCUGUAUCUUGCUCAGCUGAUCUUCUUGAUGCCUCAGAAUAAAAGCACCAGGUUUAUGGAGACAGUCAUCUUCACUCUCUUCAACUACGGCUCAGAUUGCAGGGAGGCAUUCUUGCUGCUGCAGCUUUUCACUGCCGCACUACGCCACGAGAUCAAUAUGAAGGUGGACCGUCCACAGGAAGUGGUGACGGGAAAUCCUACCGUCAUAAAGAUGCUUGUGAGUUUCUACCGUCACGCUCGUGGUCAGAACGCCCUGAAGGACAUCCUGGGCCCUGCGAUUAGAGAAGUUCUGCAGGACCGAAUGCUCAACAUCCGGACCGACCCGGUGGAGAUCUACAAGAGCUGGAUAAACCAGACAGAGAGCCAGACGGGACAAAAGAGUUGUUUGCCGUAUGAGGUGAGUGUUGAAGAGGCGUUGAGUCACUCUGAGGUUCAGCAGAGAUUAGACAUCUCCAUCACCAACCUGAAGAGUCUCACUGAUCGUGUGCUGAACGCCAUCAUCAGCAACACUCACAAACUACCGUAUGGUUUGCGUUACACUGCCAAAGUUCUGAGAGAUGCCCUGCAGGAAAAGUUUCCUCAAGCCAGUGAUGACGAGCUGUACAAGAUCGUGGGUAAUCUCAUCUAUUAUCGAUAUAUGAACCCUGCUGUCGUGGCACCAGACGGGUUUGAUGUGGUGGAGUUUGGGGUCGGUUCUGCUCUGUCUGCGGGUCAGCGGCGGACACUGGGCUCCAUCGCUCGGAUCCUACAGCAUAGCGCCGCACUCAAACACUUCCACGGAGACUCUGACCACCUGCGUGCUCUCAAUGAAUACAUCACACGCACUCAUGGCAAAUUCAGGAAGUUCCUGCAAGCUGCCUGUGACGUGCCUGAGCCUGAAGAACGCUUCAAUAUCGAUGAAUAUUCAGAGACGCUGAUCCUCAACCGACCCAUCAUUUACAUCUCCAUCAGUGAACUCAUCAACACUCACAGACUGCUGUUGGAGCAUCAGGAUUCUCUGUGUCCGGAUCCGUCUGAUCCUCUCCAACAACUGCUGCAGGAUCUCGGCUCUGUGUCAUCUGUUCAGGAUCUAGUAGGGGAGGGGCAUCUCAACCCUUCAGAUCCAAAUGUGGAACAAACUUUAGCCAAGAUGGAAGUGUCUCUGACGCUCACCAGUAAGUUUGACGUCUUCAAAAGUUCUGAUGACAAACCUGACGCACGAGGAAUACUGCUGAGUACGAAGCAGCUGAUAAUCGAUGUGAUCAGAACACAGCCGGGUGACACGCUUAGUGAGGUGCUGCAGAUCUCCGCCUCCAGGGAUCAGGAGGUGCAGCACGGGUGGAUGAUGCAUCAGCGUGCUCAGAGAGAUGCACGAACUCCUGAGAAGAUGAAGAGGAACCAAUCACUGAUCGCCGAUGGCAACCUGACGCUGGAGGAGAAAAAGAGAAAAAUCCAGAGGAACCUAAGAAGACUCGAGUCCAUGGGAGCCCUCACACCACCUGACACACACAAACAAAUACUGCAGCUCAUCGCAAAGGAUAUUCGUCAUCAGCGUGUGUAUCGUCAGAGGCGUCAGGCAGAGCUGGUUAAACUUAAACAGACUUUAAACAGUCUGCACGGCAAGAGCAGCUUCCACUCUGAACAGGUGGAUUAUUACAGUCAAUACAUCAACACCUGCCUGAAGAACCUCACAGCUAGUAAAGUCAAUGGGAAGAAGGUUUCAGAGAAUAAAGGGAAGAAGAAGAAGCCAUCUGCUCUCACGUACACAGCAGCACGUCUGCAUGAGAAAGGAGUUCUUCUGGAGAUCGAAGACCUGCCCGUCACACAGUUUAAAAACGUGAUCUUUGACAUCGUGCCUGGUGAGGAGGACGGAACAUUCCUGGUGAAAGCUCGUUUUAUGGGUGUGGAUAUGGAAAGAUUUCCUCUUAAAUAUCAGGAUCUGUUGCAGUUACAGUAUGAAGGAGUUGCAGUGAUGAAGAUGUUUGAUAAAGCCAAAGUCAACGUCAAUCUCCUCAUCUUCCUCCUCAACAAGAAAUUCUUCAAAAAGUGACAUGUUGCAUCACACAACUGUUUAUCAGCACAUCGCUCACUUUCAGAGAGCAGCACUUCCUCUAACUCUUACUGAGAGGGGAAAUGACAGGAAGUACUGUAGCGCUUUGAUUUUCCUACAUUUUAUAUUUUAGUUAAAUGCCAAUAUUCCUGAAACACUCAAAACGACUUUAUUUCUCUCUUUCCUAAUGUAAGCCAGUCAAAACAGUGUACUAUCUGUACCAUUUUAAAUGCUCUGGGUUUGGAGAGGAUAUUUAAUGAAAUAAAAAUCUAAAUUUGUAUGCUUUAAUGUCUUGGAUUGAUAUUCAACACACUGUAUACACUACAUAUAAUCACUCAUUUAUUUAUAUCAAGCUUUAUAGUAAUAGAAGGGGUGUUUUUAUGCAUCACAGGGCAUGCUGAGAAUAAUAUUUAUAUUCGUUUACUCAUAUUCAUUUGAAAUGUUAAGCUUUUUUUAUUUUAUUUUUUUAUUACUAAGGCAUUUAUGAGCACAUGAGUUGUUCAGCCCUGUGUGAUCCAGCGGUGUGUGUGUGUGUAGUUUUGACUUUUCUGAUUAUUAGUUCUACAUGUGAAAUGCAGAUUUCGGUCUAGUCAGGUCGUCUACCUGCUAUCAGGUGUCCGUGUGUGAGCUCUUAUGCUGUUUUAAAGGUGUUUUACUACAUUCUCAGACUAAUAGUUGUGUAAAUAUUUUCUGUCUCAUUUUUCCUUCUGAAAUGAUCUUUUUCUGCAUAAUUUGUGUUUUCAUGUCAUCAUAAAUGUUCAGUCACUCCACUACUGUUUGUAAUCGUCAGUGUUUGUCAUAUCAUGCUAUUUUUGUUUUCAAUAA